GGAAAAAGACCAUUGCCAGAAGCCAUUUUCGUUGUCAACAUGAUUUAUUUUUCAUUCGUGUAUAUUCAGCUUUUCUUAACUAUGUUUGUGGAUCACAGGAGCUUUGAUUCUUUCCAGGACGCUAAGGUUAUCGAAGAUGUGCCAUUUAUUUCUUAUGUUACCAUAUCCUGGUUCAUCAAGUUCGUCUUUGAAAGUAGACGGAAGCUUCUAACUGUACUUGAUCUAAAGUUUAUAAGUGUCCGACUAGUGGCCAUAUUUGCAUACUCAGAAUUCCUGAAACGAUGGAACAUAAACAAGGAACCAAAAUCUCUUGAAUCACGAAGUUUAGGACUUAGUUUAAUCAAAACCUUCUGGCCUUGGAUAGUGGCUGCUACGAUUUUCAAUUUUCUUUUUACGUUGUCUCUGCUUGUACCACCUUUACUUUUAGAUCGUCUCAUAGACUUUGUUGAGCAUGAUCAUUUUGCAUGGAGGGGUAUGCUGUAUGUGAGCUUGUUCUGCAUAGUUGAUGUCUUUGGAAAAAUAGUUGAUAAUUUCAGAGUGUACUUCUUCUUUUACGCUGGUGCUCAGAUGAAGUCAGCUCUUAUGAAUGCAGUCUAUAGAAAGAACUUUUUAUUGUCACCUGCUGCUCGUAAAGAGUUUACCAGUGGAUCUAUAUCAAAUCUUCUAUCGGUGGACAUUCAAAGACUUACCUAUUUCACUUAUUACUGCGCAGAUUUAUUAACUAGCCCAAUCAGAAUUGUUAUCAUCCUUGUAAUUAUGUGGCAGUACAUUGGAAUAGCUACACUUGGAGGUCUAGCUGUAAUAAUUAUCUUACUUCCUGUUGGUUACUUCGUAUCAAGGUACAGCGAAAAAUUUACAGAUGAACAAAUGAAAGUUAAAGACACUCGACUGAAGUUUAUGAAUGAAAUCCUCAGCGGUAUAAAGAUAUUGAAAUUAUAUGCCUGGGAGGCGACUUUUUCAGCUAAAAUAUCUGAGACCAGAAAAAAAGAGCUGAAAUUGAUUUUUUACUCUCAAAUGUGUACAGUGGUUAAUGUUUUUCUUUUUUACUGUGCACCCAUCAUG